AUGGUGCAGAUACAGGACAACAACAAUACCCUGAAGGUGCCAGAGGUUGGUACUGCAGGAGGGAGUCCCACGAGAGAUCAAUCGUUCAGCAAUCUCAGCAGCCUGCGGGUGGCCAGCAUGCAAUCAGAUAGAAGCCGGGAUAGAGCCCUGAGCGGCAGCACCGGCUCGACCAUCAGCCCACAUCUGGAAUUACCCAACUCUAAACUCCAGAUCGAGACGUGCGCCACCUCCAUUGUAUCCUCGAUGAAUGAGCAGGAAGACGCACUGCGACCCGACCCGGGCUGUGAGGAAGACUUUGUGGUUGAGAAUAGCCCGUUUGCCUACUCCCCGGGUCAGCUCAACAAGCUUCUGAACCCCAAGUCCAUCUCGGCCUUUGUGGCCCUGGGGGGAAUCCGGGGACUAGCUAAGGGCCUUCGCACUGACCUCAAGGCCGGUCUCAGCUUCGAUGAGACGACUCUGCCGGGCGCAGUCAGCUUUGAGGAGGCAAUUGCAUCUCAUAAGGAGUCCACAGACAUCAGGACGUCGAUCCUAAACCCAGCUACGCCCCAGGCGGCAUCUGGAGGAGUAACACCCUCGGACGGGUCCUCCCAAGCCUUCAGCGAUCGCAUUCGCAUUUACAAGCGCAAUAUGUUGCCUGAGAAGAAGCCAACACCGCUCUGGAGACUCAUGUGGAUGGCUUACUGUGACAAGGUGCUGCUGCUUCUGACUGCGGCUGCCGCUAUCUCUCUGGCACUCGGUCUCUAUGAGACCUUCGGUGCUGACCACCCGCCUGGAUCCCCCAUGCCAGUCGACUGGGUAGAAGGCUGUGCGAUCUGCAUUGCCAUUUUCAUCGUAGUUAUGGUGGGCUCAUUGAAUGACUACCAGAAGGAACGAGCCUUCGUCCGGCUGAAUGCGAAGAAAGAGGACCGCGAGGUGACGGCUAUUCGCUCUGGGAAACUGGUCAAGAUCUCUGUCCACGACGUCCUAGUGGGCGAUGUGCUUAACUUGGAGCCCGGAGAUCUAGUCCCGGCUGAUGGCAUCUUUAUUGAUGGUCAUAACGUGAAGUGUGAUGAAUCUUCCGCCACAGGAGAGUCCGAUCAGCUUAAGAAGACUGGCGGAGAUCAGAUCUUGCGGCUGCUAGACCAAGGUCACACCCGGCAACAAGACUUAGAUCCCUUCAUUAUCUCUGGCAGUAAAGUCCUAGAGGGUGUUGGUACCUAUCUAGUAACCUCAGUUGGCGUUAACUCUAGCUAUGGCAAGAUCCUGAUGGCUAUGCGCCAAGAUAUGGAGGCAACCCCUCUCCAGAAGAAGCUGGAUGGGCUGGCUGGGGCGAUUGCUAAGCUUGGCAGCAGCGCAGCGGCCCUGUUGUUCUUUGUCUUACUCUUUCGUUUCCUGGGUUCUCUAUCCAGUAACCACCGAACUGGCUCAGAGAAGGCGUCGCAGUUUACUGAUAUCCUUAUCGUGGCCAUCACUGUUAUUGUUGUGGCCGUGCCCGAAGGCUUGCCGCUGGCCGUCACCCUGGCGCUAGCCUUCGCAACCACGCGCAUGGUCAAGCUCAAUAACCUCGUGCGUGUGCUAAAGUCGUGUGAGACCAUGGGUAAUGCAACCACUGUGUGCUCUGAUAAGACCGGCACUCUGACCCAAAAUAAGAUGACGGUCGUGGUGGGCACCUUUGGUAAUGAUAGCUUCGACGAUAAGAACCAGAGUGGCAACGAGCGCCGAUCACCUGCCUUCGCUAGUGAAAUGGCUCCUAUUGACAAGCGCCUGAUUAUUGAGUCCAUCGCCAUCAACUCAACCGCCUUUGAGGGAGACGAUAAUGGUGUGGCGGGCUUUGUCGGCUCCAAGACUGAAACGGCUCUCUUGGGAUUCGCCCGUGAUGUGCUCAACAUGGAUUCACUGUCCCAAGAACGCUCUAACGCCACAGUCGUCCAGUUGAUGCCAUUUGAUUCCCGCUGUAAAUGCAUGGGAGCGGUGCAGCAACUGCCUAACGGAACAUAUCGCUUCCUCGUCAAGGGCGCCUCUGAGAUCCUGCUGGGUUACAGCUCAAGGGUGUGGAUGCCGACUGGCGAGGUGCGCCUUAACCGAGUGGAGCGCGAGCGUCUGGAGAAUGUCAUCGAGAUGUAUGCAAAGCAAUCUCUCCGGACUAUCUCGCUCAUCACCCGGGAGUUUUCGCAGUGGCCUCCGCAGAAUGCGGUCAGUGCAGAGGAUCCUACAUCAGCCAAUCUGGAUCUCCUGCUGGAGGAGAUGACCUUCCUCGGGGUCGUUGGGAUUCAAGAUCCUAUCCGCCCUGGGGUUCCUGAGGCGGUCGCCAAGUGCCAGCACGCUGGAGUGAGUGUCCGGAUGGUGACUGGAGAUAACAUGGUCACAGCUAAGGCCAUCGCCACUGACUGCGGCAUCUACACAGACGGCAUCGUGAUGGAAGGGCAGGUGUUCCGCACUCUGACGGACCGGCAAUUCCAGGAGACUCUCCCACAGCUGCAGGUCCUCGCGCGUUCGUCACCUGAGGAUAAGCGGAUCCUAGUCACCAAACUGCGUGAGAUGGGCGAAAUUGUCGCUGUCACUGGCGAUGGGACUAAUGACGGACCCGCGCUCAAAGCAGCUGAUAUCGGAUUCUCAAUGGGCAUUGCUGGCACUGAGGUUGCCAAGGAAGCCUCUGCAAUUGUCCUUAUGGAUGACAACUUCGCCUCAAUUCUGACUGCGCUUAUGUGGGGUCGGGCAGUCAACGAUGCUGUCCGCAAGUUCCUCCAGUUCCAGAUCACUGUCAACAUCGCCGCUGUCUUCUUGACCUUUAUCUCAGCCGUCUCGGACAGGGAGAUGAAAUCUGUCCUAACAGCCGUCCAGCUUCUGUGGAUUAACUUGAUCAUGGACUCCCUCGCUGCGUUGGCUCUCGCUACGGACCCUCCGACGGAGGAGAUCCUCAACCGUAAACCUACCAAGCGUAGCGCUCCACUGAUAUCGACCACCAUGUGGAAGAUGAUCAUCGGCCAGGCGAUCUUCCAGUUGACUGUCACCCUGAUUCUACACUUUGUUCGGGGUGAUGGAUUCCUCAACUACCCAGACGAAGAGAGGCGGUCAAUUGUCUUCAACACCUUCGUGUGGAUGCAGAUCUUCAACGAAUUCAACAACCGCCGACUAGACAACAAGUUCAACAUCUUCACCGGCCUGCAUCGCAACUGGUUCUUCAUCGUCAUUAACUGCAUCAUGGUUGGCUGCCAGGUCGUGAUUGCGUUUUUCGGCGGCAAGGCGUUCAGUAUCGUCCCUAUUAACGGUGUGCAGUGGGCCAUCUGUAUUGUCGUUGCCGCGCUCUGCUUGCCCUGGGCCAUCUGUGUACGCUGCUUCCCAGAUGAGUGGUUUGCCGUCCUGGCCAGAUUCGUCGGCAAGCCCUUCCUCCUUAUCUACCGCCCUCUGAGGCGAGGCAUGACCCGCCUUGGAAGAGUUUUCAAGCGCCGGGCCCAGGAGAAUGAGGCUGUCGAGGACAACGGCGUGUUAGAGAUCUCUUCCGCCACCAGCACUGAUUUCAAAGAUGUCGAAAAGGGACAGGCAUAA